AUGAAAUCACUCCUAUUGUUAUCAACUCUUGCUAUUGCAUCUACUGUCUCUGGCAAGUUCUCAUUUGCAACCCUCCUUACCAAGUAGAAAUUGUAAGAUCAACCAUCUGAAGCAGACCUAGCUUUCGAAGCUAAGGUCAAAUCUAAUUUUGCCAUUAUGAAGGGAUUGAUCGAUGGCUACUACGAGGGCAUGUACAAAAAUGCCAGCUACACUACCCAGAAAGAGUGCUUAGCUGAUGAUUCAGUAUCCAGCAUGCUCAUCAUAAAAAAAUCCUACGAUCUCGGCAACUUUAAUCUUACUAACGUUGUAGUCCCAGUUCAUCAAUUAGCCUACAAUUUCAUUAAAUUCUGCGAGUUUGAUGAUGCUCUCUAUGACAUGUACAUGUGGUGCUCAAAGAAUGACUGUUCUCUUGCAACUUCUGGCAAUACUCUAUUGAAGAAGAUUUUCCAAGUCACUACUGUUGCUAAUGAUGUUGCAUAAAACCUCAACGGACCAAAGCCUGAUGUUAAUGACUACGCAGCAAUCACUGAAUUCUGGAGAAAGUUUGCACUCUCAAUUGGAAAGCUCAGCAGAUAUGCAACUGGCUUUGACUACAACCAACUUAAAUGA